AUGAGGCGGACCGCCCGUUCGGCACUGCUGGCAGUGCUGCUGCUCCUGACCCAGCUGCAGCCCGGGACCAGCCGCGGGGGCCGGGAGGCGGCAGGGGUCCAGGACCCCAGUCUGCGGUGGAGCCCCCGGACGCGGGGCCAGGCAAGUGGGGCCGGCGCACUGCUCUUGCUACUUGCCGAGGGCUUUCCGCGCCACACAGGACCUGGCCGCUGGGCAUCUCGGGUGGUGGGGGAGCGGCCACGACGGGACGACCCCCCUCUGUCCAUUGACCUCACCUUUCACCUGCUGCGGACCCUGCUGGAGCUGGCGCGGACUCAGAGUCAGCGGGAACGCGCGGAGCAGAACCGCCUCAUAUUCGACUCGGUGGGCAAGUGA